UGCAGCCGCUCGAUGUUGUCCGUUCGCUCUCCCGCUUUGUCUUCACCACUCAGACAUAACAUUCGGUCAUAUGCCAUCUCAGUGCAGCCGUCGGUGAUCUAUGACAAAAAGCCCUCACCUCGUAUCUACUCGGAGAAGAAGGCAGUCCUUUACAGCCGCUACGCUCGUCUUCUCAAGACAAACACACCCCUCAUCUUCUUCCAACAUGACAAGAUCAAUGCUCCCAAUUUCGUGAAAAUUCGUCGCGAGAUUGGCAUUGCUGCCGCGAAAAACGUCGUCGCCACACCAUCAUUGGCCAACCCCGGCCCAACCCCCAUAUCCUCAGACGUCCCAACCCUUCCUAAAUUCACUGUCAUUCGAUCAUCCAUUUUUGGUGUCGCGUUGCGCGAACACGCUCCUGUAGACCAACAAGCCUGCGAAUCCAUCGCCUCCGAGGCUGGCACGGGUCCUCUUGCAGUCCUCUCCCUUCCAUCACUACACCCACCACAAUUGAACGCCAUCCUUCGCGCUCUGGACCGUGCCAUGCCCAGACGAAAACCACCUACCCCCGCAGAAAUCGCAGCGAAAGAGGCAGAGAAGUCGGGAGACCCGCCGAACCCCGGUCGACGGAUGAAGCGUCAGCGGCCAGUUUUCCAGCCCGACUUGGUCGUUGUCGGGGCAUUGAUCGAGGGCAGAGUGUUCAAGGCGGAGGGGUUGAAGGAGGUGGCUAAGUUGCCGACGUUGGAUACGUUGAGGGCACAGAUCGUGGGUAUGUUGUCGUCGCCUGCGGCACAACUGGCAGGUGUAUUGAGUCAGGCGAGUGGAGGGCAAUUGGCGAGGACUUUGGAGGGGUUGAAGAAGGGUCUAGAAGACGCUGAGGGAUCACCACCUGCUUCAUCGUAGUGGUAUAUUGAGGUAUACCGAUGGCAUUAGACCUCUUCCUUCUGGCAUAACAUACGCGUUAAAUUCACCGCGCUU